AUUUCCUAAGUUAAUGUCAGUUAUGGAAAAACCAAAGUUCUUAAGCAGAGCUCACGAAGUCAGCAUUAUGUCUGCAAGGAAGCCUAAAUCAAGCCCCUUUUCGACAUCAAAAUCAAUAAAGGAUAAGGAAGCUGUAAUCUUGCCGAAAAAGCAGAAGACAUUUUGAUACACUAAUAAUAGUUUUGUUGCUAAAAAUCAGGUAACUCCGUUAAAUCUUCAAGCAUUUUCAAGGGAAUUAAAAUCAGAUCAUAAUACUUGGAUAGAGAUUAAUGAACUCAAAAAGAAAAUAGGUAGCCUUAAGUCCUUCGAAUCAAAUAUUGAGAAUGAGCCUUUGAUCACAUUUGAAAGGCAAGACACUUUCAGUCCAUAUGAAGUUAAUAACAUUUCAUCACGUCUUUGAGAUCCUAGAAAGUCGAGUAAAAGGAAUUUUGGGAGAGAUACACAAAAUUUCCUCCCUCUGAAUAACAACAGCUUGAGUAAGAGAAUGGAUGGUUUCCACAGUAAUCGCAAGAGAAAUCUGUCGAAUACUCAUCAAAUCUAUCCAGAGUCUUUGAAGAAUGAGAAUCUAGUCUCUUUGGUUCCUGAAAUUUCCCAUGAUAGUUACAAAGAUCAGCCUAAAGAGAAGAAAGUGCAUCACCAAGCUAGAUCGUCCAUUAUCUUUAAAAAGCCAACUAACCAAGAUUUGGAUUUUAGUGAAGGGACUGAUGUGGAGGUGGCUCAAAGAACUUUCCAAGACACUUCUAAAUCAGGUGUUGAAAAGAAACUCGAAAACACAUACUUACAUGCAAGAAAGCACUUAAGAAGGAACCAGAAUAGGCUUCAGAGAAAAAUAGUUAACGACAGUAUUACUUCCAUGGAGAAAACUGACAGAAAGGAUGACUCUUUGAGUGAUUGUUCAACUGGGAGAGUCAACAAGAUGAAGACCCAGGCUCCAACAUUCUUCAAUUCUGAAGUGCAGUCAUGAGACGAACUAAAAAGCAAUAUUUCAGACUGUUCAAAAACCAUUACAGAGCCCGAACAUGUCAGAGUGAAAGUCUCUCAUCUGAGAUCUGCUAAAGUUUCCAGAACAGUUUGAAAAUGUAUUUGUGGUCAAAUCGAAAAUAAAGUAAAGAAGCUAGAGACUUGUGGAGAAUAUUGUAAAAAUUCAAGCUCUUCUCAGCAAUUUCAAGCUAUAUUCGGGUCUAAAAAUAAGUUGAUGCCAGACGAUAGUUCUUCAAAAGAUUCAUACAUUGUAGCAUCUUCUUGGUGGAGAAAAUGGUGUGAUUUCAUCAAUAUUGAAUAUAAUACUUUUGAAGAAUUAAUGAAGCAAACAACUGCUCAUAAGGUAUCCUCAGAAAUGUUCAAGUUUGAUAAUAAUACUAGUGUCUGAGUUUCAGGGAACUUCCAAAGUUAUUAUGCUGAUUCACUCUACAUGAGUAACCUCUAUGGAACAAAAUCAGGAGCACAAAAUAAUGAAUUAGAGGAAUCUCACAAUGUACAACAAAUAGCAGGUAGAUCUUAUCAAACAUCAGAGAAUGGAACUAUCUUUCUAAAAUCUGAUAGCGAUGACCAUGUGUAUUCUAAACCAGGAAAGAUCAUUAACAAAGAUUUGGUGAGAAUCUACCACUCUUUAGAAUCAAAUGAGGAAAUAGCCUCUUUAAAAGCAAAUAUGCAGGAAGGGUACGACUAUAUAAAAGUUAACAAAAGAUGAUGGGACUUGCUUAAAAGCUGGUACGAAUUUGAUUUCGAAGUCAUUGCUCCAAACUUUGACUCAGGAUCAUGAUUAUCUUGUUUAUAG